CAGCAUCCAAGCUCAAGGAACAGAGUUCCUUUCAAGGAUUUGUUAGAGCGAAAUGAAUUGGGCAUAAUCGACUCUCCACUCCUCUGGACAGAUCCCGAAGUCCAGGAUGACAAUGUCCGGAAGACUCACGCAGCACAUAACCUCGCCAACUCGAUUUCCGAAGAACUCCUCGUGCGAGGAGGUCGUCUAGCCAGAGACGAAGAACUGUUCCUUUCAGCUGACAGCAGCAACGUAACGGACCUCGAGCGUGACGCCUUGAAUCGCGAGAAGACGUCGAGCCUCUGGCAACAAAGCAAGGAGCUCAAAGUGAUCUUAUUGACUUGCUGUAUCGCUGCUAUUGCUCAAGGCUGGGACCAAGCGUCUCUUACUGGUGCUAAUCUCUCUUGGCCGACCGAUUUUGGAUUGCGUGUUGAUGGUGUCUCGCAAAGAAGGAGAGAUGUGUGGAUCUUUGGUGGUGUGAAUUCUAUUACUUAUUUUGCUGCUAGUGGAGUCGGGGCCUGGAUUUCCGAUCCUUUGAACGAGUAUUUCUAUGGUCGUCGCGGUGCCUUGUUUAUUGCUGGUCUGUUCUCGUUUGUUGGUGUAGUUGGAAGUGCGUUUUGUCAAGCAUGGCAGUCGUUGUUCUUUUGUCGGCUUUUGGUCGGUGUUGGUAUGGGUGCUAAAGCGAGCGUUGUUCCUAUUUUCGAGAGUGAAAUUGCUCCAGCUCGCAUUCGAGGACGGUUGUUGGUUUCCUGGCAGACGUUCACAGCUCUGGGUAUCUUCUUGGGAAGUGCGGCCAAUCUCAUCGUUCAUAAGGAUUGGCGGUGGCAGACAGCAUCGGGUUUCAUACCAGCUGUUGUCCUACUUACACUGGCAUUUGUCUGUUCCGAAUCUCCAAGGUGGCUCAUCAAACAAGGCAAAUAUCAGAAGGCUUACGAAGUCCUUGUACGGCUCCGUGAGAAUCCGCUAUUAGCAGCACGGGAUCUGUAUUACAUCCACGCCCAGAUCCAAGUCGAAACUAGUUUGUUUUCGAAACGAGAAGACGUCGAACGGCAACUGAAUGACUGGUCCGCAAAUGUCGAUCGAGACAUGUAUCAGCAAGAGUUCAAACACACGAGUUAUCCUCGUCGUUUCAUACAACUUUUUACCAUUAGUCGCAACAAGCGAGCAGCGGUUGCAAGUCUUGUCGUGAUGGCUGCGCAACAAAUGAGUGGCAUCAACAUCUUUGCCUUUCUUGCUGCGUCUUUCCUGGCUGAUUCUGGAUUCAGUCCCAUCAACAGUCUUUGGCUAUCGUUUGGGUUCGGCGCUUCGAAUUUUUUGUUCUCGCCCUUGGCUUAUUGGUUUAUCGACACCAAAGGACGAAGAUACCUUCUGUUAAUGUCUUUGUUAUGCUGCUUUCCAAUGCUGUUGGCCACUGGUUUCAGUUUCAAGAUCCAGGACGAGAACGCGAGGAUCGGUGUUGUGGCAACAUUCUUGGUUCUCUUUACACUGGCGUAUAGCCCGGGCGCUGGAGUCGUGCCGUUUCUGUAUAGUUCCGAAAUCUGGCCCCUCCUCACCCGCGAAGUCGGCAUGUCAUGGGCCUGUUUCUGGAACUUCCUCCUCGCAGGCGUCCUCGCCCUCACCGUUCCCCAGUUGACACAAGCCAUAGGACAUACCGGCCUCUUGAGUCUCUUCGCUGGACUCGACGCUGUUGCGUUCUUGCUCGUGUGGCUCCUUGUCCCUGGCACUGCUGAGGUGACGACUUUGGAGGAUAUGAAUUAUGUGUUUGGAGUGCCGACGAGGAGGCAUUGCGAGUACCAAUUACGGGAAGUGCUACCGUGGUGGCUC